AGAGGGUGGGUCCGCGCGGAGUUUCAAAUCGGCUGGGGUGGGCGAGCUGCUGCUGAGUUCGGUAUCGGCUCGGCAGCGUUGGGGGCUGUUGGGGUCUGGUGAGCAGAAAGGACUCACUCAACAGGGCAGAUGGCCUCUCGGUGGCCAAGUGUGGGGCCCUCCUUACGCCGGAGCUCUCUCCAGGGCCACAAGCAGCUGGAGGAGGUCAAGGAGCUGCAGCCUGCAGCCCACGAGGCCUCCUGUGGGGCUCUGGGCUCCCUGCGCAGGCAGUUGCAAAGGAGGCUCCCCCUGAGAACCGUCAGCCUCAACCUGGGGCCGAGCCCCUCCUGGAAACGCCUGGAAGCUCCAGAACCAGAGCCUGAGCAGCAGGGCCUGCAGGCAGCAGCUCGCUCUGCCAGGAACGCCUUGGGUGCCAUGUCCCAGAGAAUCCAGGAGUCCUGUCAGAGUGGCACCAAGUGGCUGGUGGAGACCCAUGUGAAAGCCAGGAGGAGGAAGAUGGGGAUACAGAAGGGCAGUAGCCCCCCAGCUCACAGCCUGAGCCAGAGGAGCACCCGGGUCUCCAGAGCCACCCCUGUUCGCCCAACCUCAGGCCCCUGGGAGAGGGAGCACUCCCGCCUCUCUGCCCUGAUGGGCCCACAUGCCCACCCUCUACGGCGGUCCAGGAGGGAGGCUGCCUUCCGGAGCCCCUACUCCUCAACAGAGCCCCUCUGCUCCCCCAGUGAGUCUGACAGUGAUCUGGAGCCUGUGGGGGCAGGACUGCAGCAUCUCCAGAAGCUGUCCCAAGAGCUGGAUGAGGUCAUCAUGGCUGAGGAGAGUGAUGACAUGACCGCUUCGCUCCUUCGUCACUGAGGACAGUGCUCUCCAGGCGAUGCCCUCCUCUCCCUCCUGCUAAUUCUUCAGGCAUCAGCAUGUGUGCAUAUCAGGAGGCAUAUUAAAAACUGAAUCUUUUCUGGAAAAUCUCACACUGAGCAGAUGGGACCAGCACAGUAGUCAUCGUGCAAGUCUUCUACUUGCUUGGAAGCAGAGCUGCUGACCUCACUAAUCCUGCUGGCUGGCCUUGCUGUCCUCAUCACUGAGCAUGCCAGGAGCCUCAGCAGCUAGGGCCGGCUUCCAGCUCUUCACAUUAGGGGGGAUGAUUAGUGCAUGUCAGGAACCUCCAUAUUGGGGUGAAGGAAGGCUAUAGUGUCUCCACUUUCCCUGCCUCGAGCACAGUGAGGGGCAUGGAGGCAGCUCUGUCUCGCAGGAAACAAGCUGUGUCUGACAUUGUCUUUGUGCCCAAGACCUGUGCCACUCCCUGAGUUCCUGGAGGAAGUCCUGGGAAGCUGGCUGUGCCCCUGGGCCCUGCUAAUACAAACCUGACUGAAAAAGUGCCACAUGAGACAGCUUGAGGACCUUAGUAGCCCCUGCUCUCCGAGUCCUGUGCCCAUCAGUGACCACCUGCUGAAGUCUGAAUGUGACUCUGAGAGCCCUCAGACAAGGGAGACAGUUCAUUCUGCUUCCCUUCAGGGCUCAAACACCAGGAGAUCCUGCACUUGGUGUACCCAGAAGUGAGCCCUUGGGGCAUCAUCCCCUGUGUGAGUGCCAAGGCUCUUGGAGCUCCCACCCCUAGGCCUACCAGGACCUAUUUGUACUCUCAGCACAGGCACUGUGGGUGUGCAGGGAGGGAGGAGCACUGCUCGGUGGCAAUUUCUGCCCUUUGUAAAUUAUUUAAGAAACCUGCUUUGUCAUCUUGUUAGAAAGAAACCAGUGUGUGACAUUCCUAGAGAGCACUGCUUUUACAUAAUAAAGUCUCUCUGUA